UCGUUCCUCUGCCGGCAUCCUCACCUACUCGAUUCUGUUCCCCCUUUCUCCUUGAGAUCUAUCUAGAUAGAGUGCACGCGUCGCCGGCGUCCGUUCCUUCUCCUCGCCGGGGUGACGCCGCCGCAACUACUCCGCGGCCGGCCGGACGUCCUCCACGGCAGAUCCAUCCCGACAGGCACGUACGUACGGCCCCGUCCACAUCCCAGCUGCCGUGCUUCCAUCUCCUGCUGUGCCGCCGGCGCCGGCGCAUCCCGCUAGGUACGUUCAGUCGGUGUAGUAAUGCUUCGAUCUUCCUCUGAAAUUUCAGGGUUCAGAUCGACGGCCUGCACUGCUACCAGUCAGGAAAAAAAAAUCCUCUCUUCACUGCUAACAGCACGGCCAUGGCAGCAGCUCUGGUCACCGGGCGUGAAGAAGAAUUAAUUCCAGCUUCCCCAUAGUGUGCAAAUUUAGCUGUUUUCGGUGCAUUCCACGGAGACACAUGGCGGCGAUGGAGGCGGCUCUGGUGAGUGUGGCGACGGGGGUCCUGAAACCUGUUCUGGGGAAGCUGGGCGCUCUGCUCAGCGAAAAGUACAAUCGUUUCAAGCGGGUGCGCAAGGAUAUCAAGUCCCUCACCGAUGAGCUUGCCGCCAUGGAUGCCUUUCUCAUGAAGAUGUCAGAGGAGGAGGAUCCUGAUGUACAAGAUAAAGUUUGGAUGAAUGAGGUGCGUGAGCUGUCCUACGAUAUGGAGGAUUGCAUCGACGAUUUCAUGCAAAGCGUUGAUGACAAGGACCCUGAGCCAGAGGGCUUCAUAGAGAAGAUCAAGCACUCGCUAGGUAAGUUGGGGAAGAUGAAGGCUCGCCGUCGGAUUGCCAAUGAGAUCCAUGAUCUGAAGAAACAGAUCACUGAGGUGGGCGAGAAGAAUGCAAGGUACAAGACUGAGGUGGGCAAGAGGAAUGCAAGGCACAAGACCGUCGAAGCCUUCUCGGAGACCAUCGAUGGAACCAUUGACACUAGAGCUCUUGUCAUCUUUGAUGAUGUGUCAAAGAUUGUCGGAAUGGACGAAUCAAAGACUGAGGUUAUCAAUUUGUUGACUGAAGAGUACGGACGUGGGUCAUCACGACAACUGAAGGUAGUAUCUAUCUUUGGGCCUGGAGGAAUGGGCAAAACAACUCUUGCAAAUCAAGUGUAUCAAGAGCUUAGGAGAGGAUUCGUCUGUCAAGCUUUCUUAUCUGUGUCGCGAAGUCCAAGCAUUAUGAACAUCCUGAGAACCAUAUUCAGUAAAGUUAGCAACCGACCUUAUGCUGGUACUGAAGAAGGGAGUGUGCAGCAACUUGCUAUCAACAUAUACGAGUUCUUACAAGACAAAAGGUACUUUAUCGUUGUUGAUGAUAUAUGGGAUAUGGAUACAUGGGAUGUUAUUAAGUGUGCAUUCCCCAUGACCAGGAUGGGUAGUAGAAUAAUCACCACUACUCGGAUAAACAGUGUGGCAGAGGCAUGUAGUUCAUCAUUCAAUGGCCAUGUUUAUGGUAUAAGGCCUCUUGAUAUUGUGUACUCUAGACAGUUGUUCUAUAGAAGACUAUUCAACUCUGAAGAACAUUGCCCUUCGCACCUUCAAGAAGUUUCUAAUCAAAUCUUGCAAAAAUGCGGUGGCUUGCCUUUGGCGAUCAUUGCAAUUUCUGGUCUGCUGGCUAGCAAACAGAAAACAACAGAGAUAUGGAAUGAAGUGAAAGAUUCAAUUGGGCGUGCACUUGAACGAAAUCGUAGCGUUGAAAAUAUGAUGAAAAUUUUGUCACUUAGUUACUUUGAUCUGCCUUCUCUUCUCAAAACUUGCCUCUUGUGCCUGGGUAUAUUUCCAGAGGAUACUGUUAUCGAGAAGAAAUGUCUUAUAAGGAGAUGGAUUGCUGAAGGGUUAUUUCACAAAGAAGGCAGAUAUACAGUACAUGAGUUGGGGGAGAUGUGUUUCAAUGAGCUUGUCAAUAGGAAUUUGAUCCAACUGGUGAUUGACGAACACCAUAAGCUGAAUACUUGUAGAGUUCAUGACACAAUUCUUGAUUUCAUCAUAUCCAAGUCCAUUGAAGAUAACUUUGUUACUUUGGUUGGGGUUCCCUUUGUACCAGUUAAUGUCAAACGGAAAGUUCGUCGGCUCUCUAUCCAACUUGAUACACAGGGAAAUUGUAUCGUGCAAAAAAGAAGACUGGUAUUGUCCCAUGCCAGAUCACUCAAUAUUUUUGGAAAUUCAGGGGAAAUGUCUCGAUUGGAUGAAUUCAGGCAUUUGCGUAUUGUAGAUUUUGGAUGUUGGGGUUCCCCCUACAAUGGAAACAUCGAACACCAUAUUAAAAAUAUAGGGAGGUUGCUUCAUCUAAGGUACCUGAACCUAAGGGGAACAAGAAUAUCUGAGCUCCCAGGAGAUAUCGGGUGUCUACGUGGCCUAGAGAUGUUAGAUAUAAGAGGCACCUUCGUAUGGGAACUGCCAGCAAGUAUUGUAAAUCUAGGGAAAUUGGUGCAUCUAUUGACUGACUGCAAAGUUACAUUUCCUGAUGGAAUUGGGAAGUUGCAGGCACUGGAGGUGUUGAAAUGGGUCGACUUUUCAUUGCAAAGUCUUGACUACAUGCAACAACUUGGACAGCUAAGGAAUCUGAGAAGGUUGUUCAUUGAUGUCAAUGAACGUGCAAGGAGACUUCCUGUCUCUUCCUUUUGUGACUUUAGCUUGCUGGAGAAGCUUGGUUAUCUGAAAAUAAAAAAUGGGAACACAUUCUUACCAUUGGGAACUGCGUGCCCUGUUGCGCCUAGCCUUCAGAAGCUCGUCUUAAUUGAUUCGCCAGUCCUGCAUGUUCCGGAUUGGAUGCGCGCACUUGUCAACCUUCAAGAGUUACGCAUUGAAGUGAAGGGAAUCACGCAGAGUGACCUUUGCAUUCUCGGAAGCUUACCUGCUCUGCUCAAGCUGGAACUAGAAGGGAGAUACCAUGAUUCUAAAGAUAGAAUGCUGACAGUCAGUGCUGAAGCUGGGUUCCCAUACUUGACCAAGUUCCGAUAUUAUGCAGACCAAGAAGGAAUAAAUCUCAAGUUCGCAGCAGGCUCCAUGCCCAACCUAGAAAUGCUUGUGAUCGUGCUACGUGCGUGUAGAACUGAGGCACUCGCUGAUUGUUUUGAUUUCGGGAUAAAGAAUCUGCCCAGACUCGUUACUGUCGAUUGUACAGUAGAACAAGGCGACUGCAGCAGUUUUAAGGCUGCUAUGAAGAGUGCAGGCAGCACACAUCCCAACCGCCCUACUGUACUCUUUUCGCAGCACAUCGACGAGGACGAGGAUUAACAUACUCAGGUUGUCUGUCUUCUCGUUGUUCCCAUCCCAGCACAAGCUUUUGCGAGGAAGGGGACUGAUGCGCUGCCAGGUCGCUCUUGCAAAGCACACCUGCCCAGUAUGCCCCUACAAGAUUCCAAAAUAAGUGUCGUGGUUUUAGUUCAAAUUACUGUAGAGUGGAGGGAAGAGUGGGUAAGGUUUGAAUUCCCAGGGGGGAAGGAGAUGGACGGCCAGGAUGCGCGGCACACAUCGAUCAUUUUCAUUUAACAAAAAAGGUGCUAUUGAGCUUACACACGCACACAUGUUAUCUACAUGUAUUUGAUUGCCACACAUCACACCAUCACAAGACACCAUGCAUACAUAGGCUUCUUGUACAGGCUAUGCUUACUGGAAAUUACCCAGAUUUUCACCAGCAUAGGGCACCGAAACCUUGCACAGGCCACCGCCAAUGUAGUCGAAAGCCAGAGAGAUAGCCGACAAAGCAGAAAGCCCAGGCAGGAGCCUCUUUCUGUCCUAUCAGCUUCCUUGUUGUUCCUGGAUCUGCAAACUCACCACCACCACCACCACCACCACUACUACUACUACUACUACUACUACUACUUCCCAAAUUGUAGGAAAUAAAACUAACAGGGAUAACAUUGAGUUUCAGCUGAGGCUUGCGUCGUCGGCUAGGUCAGGGCAGGGGUGCUCGCAUGUCUCUCAGCUUUUGGUCCGGGGGGCAGGGAGGGCACGUGGCAUGGCGUCGGCGCCGGCAAGAACACGGCUGUGGUCGGCACCCUGCCGGCAGCUCGGCACUCAGAGUAGAAGGAAAAUGGAUAAGGAUUACAGAAUGAGAGAGGUGAGUGCACAACACUUCACUGUGCCCAAGUAUCCUGAACCAGUGCUAGAAAGACAUACAGACAGCAGUACUUCACAUGGAAGGGAAGCCGGAGGCCAAGAAUAGCAGGUCCUGUAGGUGCAUUACUGAACACCGUGAGAGCCACAACCAUUCUAUGUCUAUGACGAUGGGAGACAAGGUGCACUGGUGGUCACACAAGCACAUUGAUGUGCACACCAAGGAUAUGAUAAACAAGUUGAGGGAAAAUAAUGUUAACUUUCUGGGUUAUCUCAACCCAACUCCCAGAGUAUACUUGGCCACAGAUCUUGGCUGUGCUCAUAAGAAAGAAGUUGCAUGGAGUACUACUAGUUGCGAGCAUGAGCACAGCACCUCUCUCGGCCUGUGUGUGUAGACACCAAUACGCGCGCACACACAGGACAUGACAAGAGCACUAAAGCAGAGCAUAGAAAACAGACUAGGAAAGCAGAGAAGCCCUUUCUUUUUUUCCUUUCCUUUUUGAUUAACUGCUCAAGCACAUAUGAAUGUUUUUUUGAAUUUUCAUAUGAAUGUGCUUAUACAGCAGUCCAGCUACAACAAGUUUAAGCUACCACGUGGUGGGUAUCUGGCGAGCUAUCACAUGUGGGCCCAGAUUUAUGAGACCGAUUAAGGAAAUUAACCUGCCGGUUCUUCUGUACA